CAAGGCACAGACAGGGCUGCAGAAGCAGUGCGGACACUGUGAAGGCAGCAAAGAGGAAAAAGAGGACAGAAAGAAGAAGAAACCAAACCUUAAAAAUUUAAGGAGAGUGACUGCAUUAAGUUCCUCACAUCUAGAUAUGUCCCAGGAGUGGAGCAACUUCCCCUCCGGCUCCCCUGAGCUCCGCCUGGUUCUCCUGGGCACAAUUGGUUGCGGGAAGACCCUGUCUGGCGACACUCUGCUGGGGGAGCGGUCCUUACCCUCUGACGUCAGCUCCGCCAGAGCCUGCCGGCGGAGGCAGGGCCUCUCGGAGGGCCGGCAGCUGACCCUGGUGGAGGCCCCCCGCUGGUACUGGAGCGGGGGAGAGGUGGAGGCCAGCGUGAGGAAGGAGACAGAGAGAGCGCUCAGUCUGACUGCCCCGGGGCCCCAUGCCUUCCUCAUCCUCAUUCCCGUGGGCGAGUUCACGGAAGUCGAGCGGCUGGUACCAGGGGAGAUUGAGCAGGUGUUCGGGAAGGGGGCCCUGAGGCACUCCCUAGUGCUGUUCACCUGCGGGGACUAUCUCAUGGGGAAGGGGGGCAAGGAGUACCUGGCAGGGGAGGACCCAGGGCUCAGAAAGGUGGUGGAACAGUGCGGGGGCAGGUACCAUAUCUUCAACAACCGCAGGCCUCAAGACAGGGAGCAGGUCAGGACACUACUGGAAAAGCUGGAGAACAUGGUGCAGGAAAAUGGGGGCUGCUAUCUCCCGAAUGCCCAGCAGAGGGUGGUAGAGGGGAGAGCGGGGAAGACAGAGAGGGAAAUGAAUGAAAGAUACAACUCAAACUCAGAGGCACAAAGAAACAGAGGAAUGACAGAGAGGGACGGGCCGUCUCCUGCAGAGAGAGAGGAGAUGGAGGAGACAGUGACAGUGAGUCACAUGGCCAAUGGGCUACAGGCACACCGACCACGGCAACAGUCACCUCCACAAACGUUACCACAACCACAGACACCACCACAGACCACCGACUCACCGCUGAGGAGGACCCCCAGUUUCCGUCUGUCCACAGAUGGUGCUAUUCUCUCCCAGUUGCUCUCAGAGGAGAAACCUAGCCAGAAUUUUGUCAAUACACUCUUCCACCCUAUCUCUCCCUCCUCAGAGAACCCCACCUCUCCCUCUCUUACCCCCAUCUCCCAAUCCCCUCCACAGUCCCCUCCUCACUCCCCUCCUCAGUCCCCUCCUCACUCCCCUCCACAGUCCCCUCCACAGUCCCCUCCUCACUCCCAUCCUCACUCCCCUCCUCACUCCCCUCCUCACUCCCCUCCACAAUCCCCUCCUCACUCCCAUCCUCACUCCCCUCCACAGUCCCCUCCUCACUCCCAUCCUCACUCCCCUCCACAGUCCCCUCCUCAGUCCCCUCCCCACUCCCCUCCUCAGUCCCCUCCACAGUCCCCUCCUCACUCCCCUCCACACUCCCCUCCACAUCCCCCCCUCACUCCCCUCCUCAGUCCUCCCCUCAUCCCCUCCACAGUCCCCUCCUCACUCCCCUCCCCACUCCCCUCCCCGUCUUCUCUGUCCCCGGAGCUAAGGCUGGUGCUGCUGGGUCGAACAGGGGUGGGGAAGAGUACGGUGGGGAACACCAUCCUGGGCCGGGAGGAGUUUGUGUCCCGGGCUGACAGCGGGGUGCCCGUCACUCAGGAGUGUGAGAAGAAGAAGGGCACAGCGGCUGGGAGACGGGUGGCUGUGGUGGACACCCCGGACUGGUUCUGCUCAGAGCGCCCCCCAGAGGAUGUGCAGCGUCAGCUCUCCACCUGCGUGGCCCUCUCUGCUCCAGGGCCCCACGCUUUCCUCCUGUGCGUCGCUGUGGACCAGCCGGCAAAACUGGAGCUGCAGGCGCUGGGGGCGCUGGAGGAGGUCUUCGGCCCCAACGCGGUGAGGAAGCACACCUUGGUCCUGUUCACGCACAGCGACCGCCUGAAGGACGGCGGCAGGGUGGAGGACUACAUCAUCGCCCGGCGCCGCGACCUGCUGCAGCUGGUGGAGAGGUGCGGAGAACGCUACCACGUGCUGGAGAGGGGGGGCGAGCCGGGGGCAGGCGAGAGGAGCGUGGGUGAGCUGCUGGACAAGGUGGAGCAGACGGUGAAGGAGAGUGGGGACACCUUUUACACCUGCUCGCUGUUCCAGGAGGCCGAGAGCAGGGUGAGGGAGAGGCAGGAGGAGAUUGAGAGGGAGAGGGCGGGGAGAGGAGCGGAAGAGGCAGACAGGCAGGGGGCCGCCUCCUCCCCCUCCUCCUCUUCUUUGUACUCUGUGCCGGAGGUGGAGGAGGAGGAGAGGGAGCAGAUGAGGGAAGAGGCGGAGAAGAGGGUGAACGACCUCAAACUGGACGCGCUUCCCUCUCUCUCCUCCCCCUCCACCUCUCCCUCGUUCUUUCGCUCUGCUUGGGAGAAAGUGGCAGCGGGGAUGAAGAGGGUCCCGAAACUGGUUGCGGGCGGAGCUCUGCUGGGCGGGGUGGUUGGGAUGUUUUUUGGGGGUGCCCUGGGGGGUGCCGUGGGGGCGACUGCUGGCUCAGUGAUCUCAGAGGUUGGGAGACGGAAGUACAGCAAGAGAAUUAAAACUGAAUAAUAGAACCACACAGACGUAGGGUGAUAUCACUUUAAAUCAUUUAACAGAAGUGUUGAAGAGCUAGUAUACAUGUUUGACGUAACAUCAGUUCUUUUGCAUUGCUCAUCAUGCCUGGAAGAGGAAUAGAUCUCUUGCGCAAUAUUUGUCAAAGGCCCAGCAAUACUGAAGAUUCUGAUAUUUCAAUGCUGCUAAUAGCAUAUUUGACUUACAUUGUGGAGAGGGAGAAUAGGAAGAGAGACUCUUUUGGUCAAAUGAAUUUUCCCUCUGCAUAAGGUGUAUAAUAGCACUUACAUCGAUCUUUUCAUGUCAUUUCCUCUCUAUCCCUUAAAAAAGGUUUAUGAUGCUUGUUAUGUUAUGUUGUGGUGGUGUUGCUUGAUACACUGUGUCGUAUGUUGCAUGUAAUCAUAAUAUUAGAUAUGUGUGUCAUGGGGUGUCAUGCUGUACAGAGUGCAUUCAUAUUGAGAUGACUUCCUCCAUUUCAUGUAAAUACUGUAUGCCAAACUAGAGUAUUGUAUCACCAAACACUUGCCUUCUCUUCCAACUAUCAAAAUCUACUGCAACUAAUUGUGGCGAAUCCAAAAUUAUAUGAAAUUAUUCCAGUACUCAGAGUUGUUAUGUCUGUGAGGUACAACAUUAUUAAUCAAUCUGCUCUGUGGUCCAGCAACACAGGAUGGCGCUGAAGCACAAAUAAAAUUGUAUAAUAAACAAAAUUCAAUACUUACAACAAUAUGUAAU